AUGGCAGUUCAAGAAUUUGAACCGCUUCGAAGUGAAGAGACUAGUGGCUCGCAUUCACGGCCUCUAAGGCGGAGUAAGACUGUGACAUACAAUACAGUAGUGCGUGUGCUUCGCAAGUAUGCUAAAUUUAUUGGGCCCGGGUUGAUGGUAAGUGUCUCUUACAUGGACCCGGGAAACUACAGUACAGCGGUGGCCGCUGGAUCUGCUCACCGUUACAAGCUAUUAUUUAGUGUUUUGGUUUCUAAUUUUAUGGCUGGCUUUUGGCAAUGUUUAUGUGCCAAAUUGGGAGCUGUGACGGGAUUAGACUUGGCGCAAAACUGUCGAGUGCAUCUACCACAUGGUUUGAACAUUGCGCUUUAUAUCCUAGCAGAGAUAGCCAUCAUUGCUACCGAUUUAGCAGAAGUCAUAGGGACCGCGAUAUCAUUGAACAUUUUGUUUGGCAUUCCCUUGGCUCUGGGAGUUGUGCUUACUGUGGUGGACGUAUUGGUUGUUUUGAUGGCAUAUAAAUCAAAUGGAUCGCUUAGAGUAAUUCGAUGGUUUGAAAUGUUCGUUUCGGCGUUGGUCGUAGCGACAGUAAUAUGUUUUGCCAUCGAAUUGGUGUAUGCGGAUCUAGGAUCUGCCAAAGACCUUUUCAGUGGAUUUUUGCCAAGUCGAGCAGUUUUCGAAGGUGAUGGAUUGUACUUAACUCUAGCUAUUCUAGGUGCAACUGUCAUGCCUCAUUCUUUAUAUUUAGGGUCUGGUGUUGUACAACCAAGAUUGAGAGAUUUUGACAUAAAAAAUGGUCUAUAUCGACCAACGGAGGAUGAUAUUGCCAAUAAUCACGAGGACUAUAAGCCUUCCAUCAACGCAAUUGAUGAUACCUUGCAUUAUACGGUGGCAGAACUACUUGUUUCACUUUUUACCGUGGCACUUUUUGUCAACUGCUCUAUUCUAAUAGUCUCUGGUGCUGCUCUUUACGGCAAUUCACCAAGUGACGGAAGCCAGGAGGCGGAUCUUUUCUCCAUCUACAACCUUUUAUGCACCUCAUUAUCAAAGAGUGCUGGUACAAUAUUUGUACUUGCGCUACUCUUCUCAGGUCAAAGUGCAGGUAUCGUAUGCACCUUGAGUGGACAAAUAGUGAGUGAAGGUUUUCUGAAUUGGACCAUAUCUCCCAGCAUUAGAAGAAGUCUCACUCGAGGUGUUGCUAUCACACCGUGCUUGAUCCUAGUGCUAGUGGCUGGACGCAACGGAUUGAGCGGUGCGCUAAACGCAUCUCAAGUCGUCUUGUCACUUUUACUACCAUUCGUCUCAGCGCCAUUACUUUACUUCACAAGCAGCAAAAAAAUAAUGAGAGUAAGACUCCAUCCCCGUGAACGUAUCGAAUUAACAGAUAUGCCCCUGGAUGAAGCAACUGAGAGACAAUCUGUUGACGAUGAGUCAGUCCAGAAACCACCGCGAGAACCUCUACAAGAAUCACUACUCGAAACAUACGAAAAUACCUGCCAAGACGAGGCGGUACUCUACAAAGACAUGAGUAACAGUUUACUCACUACUAUAGCAUCCGCGGCACUAUGGCUACUGAUCUCUGGAUUAAAUUUUUACAUGUUGUGUAGUUUUUCAACAGGCCAGGAUGUUCAUCUGUAA